AUGGGGGUUUGCUCAAGUAAGGUCGAAACUAGUCCAACUGUCCAGCAAACUACGGUACGUCCAACGGGGCAAACAGCCCGACGUAAUACGAAGACUACACAAAAGAGUUCAACGGCAAAGCAAAGUUCGAGAAAGCCGCAUUCAUCUCGACUUGACGAAGGAAUUGUACAGGAUGAAAAGCUUCCCCCUAAAGAAGCUGCUAGGUUAGCUGCAGAAAGGCGAUUGAAAGAAAACGACGAUGAACUAAGAAAAGGUGAACUGGGUAAAAAAUUAGCUCAGCAGCGCCACAAAAAUUAUCGUAGAUAG